UCCUUCAACGUUUUCCCGCUGAGAGAACAAUUUUCUUUUAAUUAAUUAAAAAAAAGAAAAGAAAACCCCAAGCCCGGAAAACGAAUCGCAUAUUCCCACACUCGUACUGGAAUUUGAUUCCCCUUCCGUCAAAAUGGAUUUUCCAAUUCCAGAGUCUGGACACGAAUCCUAAAUCCCCCAAGAAUUCCUCUUUCCCAUUUUUCCCACCAAAUGUUCGACUUUCCAACUCCUUGUAAUUAUUAUUAUUAUUAUUAUUCUUCUUCUUCAUGUAAUUAUUGUUGUAGUAAUAGAAAUAGUAUCUCAUUCUUAUUCUCAAUCCCAAUCCCAAUCCCAAUCGAAUCUUUUCCAUCAGUAUCAUAUUCCUCUCUUCUUUUAUUCCUAGUCUUUCCCACUCCCUCCUCGACAUUCCCAACAACACAAUGCCUAUAUAAAUUCCCACCAUGCGAAUUCCCAGGAACCCCGUUUCCGUUUCCGUUUCCGUUUCAUUUUGUCUUUCUUUCCUAUCUCCCUUCCUCUCUUCCUCUCCCUCUCCCUCCCUCACUUUCUCCUCCCAAUUCCUCUCCAAAUCCGCUCUCUCCCCUGGAAAAAGAAAACGUUUUCACACCUCAGGAUCAAGCCAAUUGCAUGCCAGUUAUCCAAUGAACGAGAGUCGUGGGACUGUUGUUGGUGAUCAAUCAUCAAAUUUUCUUCAUUUGGGAAACAUUGAUCAAGGUCAGAAACCAUGUGUAUGGUCAUCUCCCGAAGGUGGACUUAAGAUUGAAUUAGGAAAGCGUAUCUUUUGCAACAGAUCGUUAAACAUGAAGAGCAUCGUUGCUGUUGGGUUUGAUAUGGAUUACACUUUGGCACAAUACAAGCCUGAGACUUUUGAAUCCCUUGCUUAUGAAGGCACAAUAAAAAAAUUGGUGAAUGAUUUGGGAUACCCUCGUGAGUUGCUGGAUUGGUCAUUUGAUUGGAAAUACAUGGUCAGAGGCUUGGUACUUGAUAAAAAGAGAGGCAACAUCUUGAAGAUGGAUCGGCAUAAGUACGUGAAAGUAGCCUACCAUGGAUUCAAGGAGCUGUCAAAGGAAGAAAAAGUUGGGACUUAUGGAAAUACUUUGAUACGGGAUUCAUUUGACGAGCCUGACUAUGCUCUUAUUGAUACCCUUUUUUCACUAGCUGAAGCCUACUUGUUUGCUCAACUGGUUGACUACCGGGACAAUAAUCCUGGAAAAGUUCCAGCGGGUGCUGAUUAUUCUCGGAUGUACAAAGAUGUGCGAGCUGCAGUUGAUUUGUGCCAUCGUGAUGGAACUUUAAAGCAAAUGGUUGCAAAAGAUCCUAAAAGAUAUAUCAAUGAAGAUACCGCAAUAGUGCCAAUGCUGAAAAUGCUCAGAGAUUCAGGUCGUGCUACAUUCUUGGUGACAAAUAGUUUGUGGGACUAUACGAACAUUGUGAUGAAUUUUCUAUGUGAAUCCCGUACUAUCAAUGGUAGUAACCCGAUCAAUUUCGACUGGCUUCAGUACUUCGAUGUUGUAAUCACUGGCAGUGCAAAGCCAGGAUUUUUCCAUGAGGACAAUCGUGCGAAUUUAUUUGAAGUUGAACCUGAGUCUGGGAUGCUGGUUAAUACUGAUAAUGGCUCUCCUAUGGCUCAGGUGGGAAGUUCUUCACCAACAUUAUCAUUGAAGGGGCCAAAUAAGAUGUGCAGAGUUUUCCAGGGAGGCAGUGUUGGUCAUCUGCACAAACUACUCUCAAUUGGGUCAAGUUCACAGGUUCUCUAUGUUGGGGAUCAUAUCUAUGGAGAUAUUUUACGCAGCAAAAAGGUUCUUGGGUGGAGAACAAUGCUUGUUGUACCAGAGCUGGAGAGGGAGGUUGAACUUCUUUGGGAAUUAAGGGAUACCCGCAAGCAACUACGAUUGUUAAGGAACCAGCGCGACCAUAUUGAGGACAAAAUACAUCGUUUGAAGUGGUCUCUCAAGUUUGAAGAUGUCAAUGUUGAUGAGAAAAAGAUUUCUUCAGAGCUAGAUGAAUUGGAGUCUCAAAGGGAGCAAGUCCGACUAACUCAUCAACAGAGCCAACGGGAAUGUCACCAAAAGUUUCAUAAAGUCUGGGGACAACUCAUGAAGACCGGUUAUCAGAACUCACGCUUCGCGCAUCAGGUUGAGAGAUUUGCAUGCCUUUACAGUAGCCAAGUAUCCAACUUAGGCCUGUGUUCCCCAGAUAAAUACUACAGACCAAGUGAAGAUUUCAUGCCCCAUGAAUUUGAUAUAAUUCCCUGGUGAAUGCAUGUUCGCACCCUGAAAAUUCAUUGUGUAGCUUUUGUUACAAAGCAUGAUGAAUCAUUUGGCCUUGGUAAGCCUAAAAAUGUGCUUUACCGAAGACCGUUUUAAUGUCCUCCCUCCCCCUCUUUUUCUCACCUGUAUACAUGUAUUGGUUGCUAAACUACAUAUGAUGUGAAGCAUCAUCUUCCAAUUACAAAUUACUGUAGUAAGAUCUUUUGUGCAUAUUUUAGAGGAGGAGAAAAGAAAAGAAAAAUAAAACACUCUAGCACUAAUUGAAGUUGAUAAAAGAAGAUUUGUUAGUUGUU